GAGAAGGUAAGGUCUGGUGAAAAUUUGGCCCAAAGACUCUGGAAAUUCCCGGCCAAACACCAUGCCUAGCGUCGGCAUUGUAAAGCUAUUCACUAUAUGUAAUAGAAAAUAACCAACGUUGAUUUGCAAGGUGUAGAAGCUGCAGCUCCGAGUUCGAUGUAUCGUAAAUACGAACAUUCCUAAAGCCGGAAGUGAUUCUAAAUAUAUGCAAAAUAGGACUGUUUUAUACAAUUAAGAUACAAACUAUUUUGAAGAUGUAAAGAAAUAGUUUAAAGAUUGCUUUUAAGAUGGCUGGGACUAGAAGCAGGCCUCUUUCCGCCGAUGUUAGCCACAACUCGCUGGUUUACGAGAAAUUAAUAGGGAAAGGAUCCUACGGCGAAGUAUGGCGUGCCCGAUGGAAAGGAACUUGCGUCGCUGCAAAAAGAAUCCACAACAUUUUUUUUGAAAUAGAUUAUGGACAAGAAGUUCGUGAUCAUUAUGUGCAAGAAUUUCGGCGUGAAUGGGAGGUGCUAAGGACUCUAAAACACCCUAACAUUGUCGAAAUGCAAACUGUGUUGUUCCCGCCUAAUCGGUCACCAGUUAUAAUUACUGAACUGCUAUCAUGUGACUUAGAAUGCUACAUCAGGGAGUCAACCUCUUCUCCUAAAAUUCUCCCAGAUGAUUGCAUUUCCAUAGCUCUUGGUAUAGCCCAGGGUUUGAAAUACUUGCAUAAUUUAGAACCUGCUAUUGUGCACCGAGAUCUUGCUACCAAAAAUAUUUUACUCACUAAAGACAAGAGACCCAAGAUAGCAGACCUGGGAGUUGCAAAAGUGUUUGCAUCAGGCAAAGAUAUGGAUGCUACUGUAGUACCAGGGACUCCACUCUAUGCUGCCCCAGAGAUGUACCCAAUGAAUCAUGGGAAAGGAGCUGCGGGCGAAGUCAAGUAUGGCCCUAAAGUUGACAUUUUCUCAUUUGGAGCUGUUGUUUUGGCUAUGAUUGUGGGCCAUGAGCCUGUUGUUUGGCCACUCACUCCUAUAAAAGAUAAUCGUAAGAUUAGUGAGUUGGUGCGGCGUAAGAAGGACCUAGAAGUAAUGGGACAGCACAUACUAAGACCUCUAGUGGUGAGCUGUCUCAAGGAUAACAGUAGAUCCAGGCCAGAUGCUGCAAGUCUUGUCAAGCAGCUUCCAUGCUAUGGUAAUCAAAUGAAAUCUCAGAAGAACUGCAGCUAUGCUGGGCCAUCUGCAUUGACCGAGAAGCCCACACUUGUGCGCCCACGUGCAAGCAGACAAAUCACAACUUGUGAAAUACCUGAUGUAGACUUUGAGAUAAUUUCUAGGCAGCCAAACUGGGAUUAUGAGUUUAAAACGCUUAUCAUUGGUAAUUCUGGUGUUGGGAAGUCUUGCUUGGUUAACAAACUUAAGAACCCACAUUUUGAUCUCAAAUUUGUGACAUCCACUGUGAGUAUGAAUGAUAUUUUUUGGGAGUAUUUCUUAUAUGACAAUAAAAAAAUAAAACUAACUAUUGGAGACACGGCUGGCCAGGAGAGAUAUUUUAGUAUUUUGCCAGCAUACUUUCGUGGAGUGCAAGGUGUGUUUCUUGUUUUUGACAUCACAGUUGAAAUAACAUUUUUGCAACUACAUCGCUGGAUUGAUCUUGCAAGAACAACAAGUGGCGCUGACAGCAAUAUUCAGUUGAUUUUGGUUGGUAACAAAAAAGACAUGGAGGAUAACAGGGCUGUUACCUACUCCAGAGCUAAAGAGUUUGCAGCAAUGAAUGGUUUCCCAUACAUUGAGACAAGUGCUAAAGAUGUGGACAGUUUGAUGGAUAUGUUCAAAAAGAUGCUCCAGCUUUUGGUUCAUGCAGUGGAUAUAAAUGAUAUACAGGUACAAAUUCCUGCCGAGAUGAGUCAGAGCAGAAUUGUUGUACAACAGCCAUCUCAUCAAAACAAUUCAAAAUGCAAGUGUAAAGGAUCAUAACACUAAAUUUUUUUUUGAAAUUGAAAUUUAAGGACUCUCCAAACUACCUUUAUUUUUCCCUGAUAGUUAUUUGUGAUGAUGUCCAACCAGGGACACAUGGAACCCAGGAUGCUCCUCAGAAGGGGCCAGAAGGGGAUUUUUUGGAGGUGAUGUCAAUGGGCUGUCAAAAAGAAACUCUCUAUACUUGUUCUCAGUGAGCUUACAUAGUAGCAUGAGUUGAUUGGCCGGAUUAAGUUUGUUGCCCCUUUGGGGGGCUCAAAUAUAGUUUUUCAAUCAACAGCCCCAAUGAAUGUGAGAAUAUAUUUAUUAAAAUCAGUUGUUAGUUAA